AUGGGUGCAGGAUCAUUCAAGAUGGCGACCGAAUUGACCGUCCAGUCGGAGCGUGCUUUCCAGAAGCAGCCUCACAUCUUCCUUAACUCUAAGACCAAGGCCAAGACCGCCAGACCUGGCAAGAACGGCCGCCGAUGGUACAAGGACGUCGGUCUGGGCUUCCGUACCCCCAAGACCGCCAUUGAGGGCAGCUACAUCGACAAGAAGUGCCCUUUCACCGGUCUCGUCUCCAUCCGUGGCCGUAUCCUGACCGGUACCGUCGUUUCCACCAAGAUGCACCGUACCGUCGUCAUCCGCCGCGAGUACCUUCACUUCAUCCCCAAGUACUCCCGUUACGAGAAGCGCCACAAGAACCUCGCCGCCCACGUUUCCCCUGCUUUCCGUGUUGAGGAGGGUGACCAGGUUACUGUCGGCCAGUGCCGUCCUCUGAGCAAGACUGUCCGUUUCAACGUUCUGCGUGUUCUUCCCCGUACCGGCAAGGCUGUUAAGAAGUUCUCCAAGUUCUAA